AUGGCUCAAGGUGAUUACAUUGAAUUACAUAGAAAGAGAUUUGGUCGUAGAUUCGAUCAUUUUGAAAAAUUACGUAAAAAGACAGCAAGAGAAGGUCACAAGAGAUCAGCAUUGGCACAGAAAUUGACAGGUUUCAAGGCCAAGCUAUUAAAUAAGAAGAGAUAUGCAGAAAAGGCGGCUAUGAAGAAGCAGAUUGCUCUUCAUCAAGAAAGAACAAACAAAAAGGCAUCGACAGACAAUAUUAAAGAGGGAGCAGUUCCAUCAUACUUGUUGGACAGAGAAGGUGUAUCGAGAGCCAAGGUACUCUCUAACAUGGUCAAGCAAAAGAGAAAGGAAAAGGCAGGCAAGUGGAACGUCCCAUUGCCCAAGGUUAGGGCCAUCAGCGAAGAUGAAAUGUUCAAGGUUAUUCGUACCGGUAAGAGACAAAAGAAGGCUUGGAAGCGUAUGGUCACAAAGGUGACCUUUGUCGGCGAAGGUUUCACUCGUAAACCACCUAAAUACGAACGUUUCAUUCGUCCCACUGGUCUUCGUUUCAAAAAGGCCAACGUCACUCAUCCAGAACUCAAAUCUACCUUUUAUCUCGAUAUCCUCUCGGUCAAAAAGAACCCACAGUCACCUACAUACACUCAACUUGGUGUCAUCACCAAGGGUACAAUCAUCGAAGUCAACGUUUCAGAUCUUGGUUUGGUCACUCAGACGGGUAAGGUCGUUUGGGGUAAAUACGCUCAAGUCACCAAUAAUCCUGAAAAUGAUGGUACCAUCAAUGCUCUUUUAUUAGUCUAA